AUGGACCCCUCAAGAGCCACAGAGCCCACAGAAAGCGAAGAUGAGCUCUGCGGCCAAGAAAUCAUAAACGACCGCACAGUGAGAAGAUGGUAUCAGAAUAGAGCCGGCGAUGGGGAUGCUAAGGUUGGAGCUCCAGACGAAGCAAACAAGGAGGGUGCGAAGAAGGCCACCGUUUACACACGGUAAGAGUUUUAUUAUAACUUUAUAUUUUCUGAUUUUAGACCGGUUGAUCCUAAAACGUUGCGGAACAGAAGCAAAAGAGGAAAGCCCGGAAAAUCGAGAAACGCCAGGAAAAAUUCGAGGCCUAUCUCCAUGGAAUGA